AAUAUUAUUUGCUGUUCAAUUGCACAAACAAACUUUCUACAACACUUAUAAUAAGCAUAUAUAACAGAAACACAUUCAACAGCUUAAAUAUUACAUAAUCAACAGCAGACUGCUUGGUGAAAUAUUACAUCAUAUUCCAAACUGUUAUACUGUAUACUGUGGUAUAAACUAUUGAAACUUGUCAGUUGAACUAACUGAACCAUUAUGCCAAGGAAUACAGGACCCCUAGAUAUUUUGUUUAUAAGAGAUUCAAAUGGAGGCACAAAGCACAAUGACCAGAUGCGAAGUCAAAUGUUUAGGCUUGCAUCAUACACCAAAUGGCCUAAGUGGGCCCAUGCAAGACCAGUUCAGCUAGCUGAGGCUGGCCUGUACUUUACUGGCACGUAUGAUGAAGUCAAAUGUUUUGCUUGUGAUGCCAAAUUCAAACAAUGGUCUGAAAUCAAUGACCCAAUGAGUGAACAUAGGAAAACAAGCCCAAACUGUCCAUUUGUCAAAGAUAAGCUCCAAUCAGAUGACAUACCCCUUGUGGCUGAUGUGGAUGACAUUCAAGAAAUCAAUGGAUUUAUUGAAGAGGCAGCCCAGAUUCAAGUAGAAGGCCCUCCAGAUGUCCCUAUGGAUGAUACAGAUGGCACUCCUGAACGUAGAGCCCAGAUGGAGGCACAGCUUAAAGAAAUUGAAGAACGUCAAAAUAGAGCAAGAUAUGGAACUGAUGAGGCUGAUGAGGCUUUGAGACAAUCUAUUGAAGAUGACCAACGUAGACGGGAAAAACUGAAAAGUGAGGCAGAGAGAUUAAAAACUUUCACUGGAAAAUGGCCAAAACCUCAGAUUAUCCCAGAGAAUGCUCUGGCUGCUAAUGGAUUUUACUACAUUGGACCAGAUGAUCGGGUGGAAUGCAUAUUUUGUGGCGGAGUCCUUAAAGACUGGGUAGAUGGAGACACUGUACCUGGAGAACAUAGACGAUUUUUCCCAACAUGUAAUUUUAACUUGGGUAAUUAUGUGGGGAACAUACCCAUUGAGGACCCAAAUCCUUUGGCUAACACAAGAGCUGCUACUGACUUACAAACAGCAGAAGUGGUCAGCUCAGCCCAAGGCCAAGAUCGAAGAUCUGGCCGUGAUGUCACUGGAAGGGUACCUUUCAAUGAGGAGCAACUUGGGAUAGUUAAACAUGUCAUGAAGUACCCAAAAUAUGCUCUCGAAAGUAAGCGACUAGGUACCUUCACUAACUGGCCCACAAGUCAUCAUAUCAAACCUGUUGACCUUGCAGAAGCUGGCUUCUUCUAUCAGGGAGAUAGUGACAAUGUGAGAUGUUUCUUUUGUGGUAUGGGGCUUGGCAACUGGGAGGAGGGAGACACCCCUUGGGAGGAACAUGCAAGGUGGUUUUACAAGUGCGGCUACCUGAAACAGGUCAAAGGAGAUGAUUGGAUUAAGGCAAUACGAAAGAAAUAUGAUGAAAAGUGUAUGAUGACCAGCUUUGAGCAGCAACAAUCACGUGAACAGCGACAACAGUUAGAGAAAUUACAACAAGAACGGGAGAGACAACAGCAGCAGCUGAAACAGCAACAAGAAGAGCUGUUCAGACAGCAAAUGUUGAAGCAACAAGGCAGACAAACAGAGAAUCAAGGCCAACAAUUUAAUUUGGGUAAGUGA